GUAAAAUGUUUAUCUGGGUAGCUUCCAAAAAUCAAGCUCUGGUACAAAUCAUCAUCAACCUACCAACAGAAUUUCCAGACGUCCCACCAAGAGCAUAGCCACCGCCAAGUCUCGACUGUGUGUGACCGUUAUGAAACGAUGGAAGGUAGGAUGCAUUUAAACCCAUGCCCACUGAAGAUUUCUUAUUUACUGGCAUCCUGUUAGCUGCUGCGGCAGGACUUUGCCCGGGAAAAUAUCGCGCCUGUUUCAUGUAGUGUUCUUUAGCGCUCGGUGGAUUCCUGCGGUUUGAGUCGUUGUCUUUGCUACCAAAAUUGCUGGAAGGGAAAAUAGAAAAAAUAUAUAUAUACUGGAUAGCUCUAUCAGUUCUAGACCGUCCUUCCGAGAGGUCCAGUAACGGUUAUCCAUAAUUGGUUCAGUGUGACUACAGGAAGAAACGUAAAUUAACUAACUUUAUUUAGACUGGAUAGUUCUAUCAGUUAUAUACUGUUUUCCCUAGCGAUAAGCAACCAAUUAAGGCCAGAAACCGUCCUAUCAAUAAUUUCCAAAGGCGUGCAAACCAGAAAAAGCAAAAUGGUAUACGUUGCUAAAAGAAAAUAUUUUUAAACCUUACCUUUCGUAAGUAUCUCGUGUCUCACGCCGUUUCGCUGGUGGUAGCUAAAUAAAAUCAAAACGAAAGGAAUUAACGAACUGUUCAAAAAACUUAACAAACUGGAUAGCCUAUGUGGCAACCAAAGAAACACACACACACAAAUCCAGGUGAAAGCAAAAUCUAUUUCCUACCUUGGAUGUAGCUUUAUUAUGACCUGACUUCUCAAUUUCGUCCAUUAAAUUUUCAAGAUCAUCGUCAUGGCUCGACCUCUUUGCCGGUCCUUGCCAUUUCCGUCUUUCACUUCCGAACACGCUUGUAUUUUUCAUUUCUUUACUUCCUGCGAUAUUUGGAUGGUGAUUCUCUUUUGCAAAAUGUCUACUAGAAUGUUCUGGGACAUGGUUCUCUUUCGCAAAGUGUCUAUUCGACUUCUCGGGAACAUUGUCUAAGUAUGGAAGUUUGGUCCCCUUAGAUCCAUUCUUUCCCGUCUCUCCGUCGUCCGCUAACCCGCCAAUUCGUUUUGAGUUGCGAUGAGAUUUAUUCAAAUUUGUACUCCCAUACUCUAACAGGCUAUCGGACUCAACGUUUUUCACCGGGUUUCCCCGAGUAUUGUUCCGAUCUGUGGCCGAGGACCUCUUCUCAAGUCCUUUUAUACCACCGGACUUCUUACUAGCCCCGUAGGAUUGCUGUAAAUCAUCUUUCAAAUUAUCAAUGUCAAAAUCAUCAAAAAUAGCGCUUGCUUUUUUCUUGAGUGGGUUCGGCGGUUUAACCGGCUUACCUGAAUCGCUGACCCGCCGUAUUGACCCAUUGUUCAUCGAUUGUUGUAAGCUCCGAUCUUCUUUAGGGUCUGCAUCAAAGUCGUAAUCGUCAAAAAAGCCGCUUGCCUUUUUUUUCGUGAGGGGUUUCACAGGUUUCCCAGAUUCGCUAAUGCGUCUGAUAUCGUCCGUUUUCUUCGCCGACCCACGUUGGGCGUUCACUUUGUUUUGGGGUAGGUCGACACCGACCAUAAAGAAAGGAUACCGCAAGCUUUGCGCGGCGUUUGGUCGUUUUUGUGGGUUCCAUAGUAACAUGUCUUUGACGAGUUGUAUGCCUUCCGUGCUGGCGUUUGGAAUGAUCUGACGUAACGGUGUGCUUACCUGAAAGGGAAUUAAACAGUUUAAAGCAUGAUACAAAUGUUUCUCUGUUUGCCCACGCUUGAUGUCUGUUCAUAUGAGUCCAGCUGACCGGAAAACUACCUGAGUGGGAUCCGCGUACAUUUUGUUAACGCAUAUAACAUUCAGUUUGUGUUCAUAUGAGAAACGAACCAGCCGAGCUAAGUGAGAUCUAAGAAUCUCAGUCAAGUCGGAUAUAAGAUUUUUCAUAUGAAGGUUUUAUCCCUCCUGGCCAGGAUGGACAUUUUUUUGCCAAUUUUGACCUAUAAUAUAGUAUUGAACGGCACAGUUGGAGAAUACGAACAAAAGUUAAUAGACAGACCCUGUUAACGUCGUAAUACAAAGUGCAGUUGUUUAAUUACAACAAAAAAUCUUUUCAAGAUGCCAUGUUUACAUAAUGUCGUCUCAUCGAGGUAGGAUAUUAGGUGGCACAAAAACAUUCAUAUGAACACAGAAAUAAUUAAUCUCACUCAGGUGAGCAUCCCGGCAAACCAGACUCGUAUAUGAGCAGAUCCAUCGAAACAUUGAUGAGCAGAUUCUUCGAUGAGAUGAGAUUGAUCUUUCGAUGCUCGAUGAAUGAGAUGAGAUUGAUGAGAUAAAACAGGGUGAGCAGAUCCUUCGAAACAUUGUUGAAAAAAACAUAUAUGCAUGCUUGUUAGGAAGUAGGCCUGCUCAGGAAGCAAAAAUGUUUCCAGACAUAUGAUAAAGAUCCGCGGUUUCCUAAAGAACAAAAUAAUUAUAUAUAACCUAGUAAACCUACCAUUGUUGGAAACUUGAAAUUCAUCGCAGAAGCAAGUUUAUAUCCUUCUGCCCAAUCAUCCUAAACAAAAAUAGUCACGAAUGAAGCUAUCUGGACUCUAUGUAAGACAGUACACCUUACUUUCGAAAAUGAGUCGCAAAUCCCCUUUGCCUGCCCUGCCUAGUGGUCAGGUAAGGGCAACCCCUUAGUCCGUCCGGAGUAACAGAAUUAAUAAGUUAAGGGUAAAAGUAGGGGGGGGGGGGGACAUGUUAGCCAUCCUUUCUGGCAGUCGAAAGCUGAAUAGCGAACGCCGCAGCUCAAAUGCGAUUGAGUCAAAGGCUUACUAAGGCGCCUCUGGCAAACACCAUAUGACCAUGUCUGAUCACGGAGCACAGCUAACGUGGAAGGGUUAAUUUUCGGUGAAGAAAACUAGUGGACCCAGACUAGUCCCUGUCGAUCUGAAGCUAACAUAUGAACAUGUGGAACCUAAGUGUGACGUCACCGCUCAAUGUGACAGGUGGCUCAGGAACAUAUUGAAUAGCGAAGAAAGUACCUGGGACUAGACAGUAGAAGACCCCAAGAAAAACCUCGCAGCACAGGAGAGAAUUUUCGAGUAUAUCAAGUCAGACAGGAUAGUAGCAGGCUUAACACAGCGCCAAGGGGUAGCGCGCCAACCGCAUCUUUCCACAUUACCUUUGCUGGUGUUCCAAGCACAGAACAUAUUUUAUAGAUUUCAUCAAUUUCGCUGUUGCCAGGAAAGAGAGGUCGUAAGGUGUAGAUUUCCGCCAUGAUACAACCGCAUGCCCACAUGUCAAUAGGAGAACUGUAGUUGGUCGAUCUUAGCAAGACUUCGGGUGCUCGGUACCUAAAACAAAUAUAUGAUCAUAAAAUAUUACUGGCUGGUAAUAUGUGUUGACACACUUGGAAAAAGUGUUUAGGUAAUAUUCCUCGGAUCCUGAAUUUGCCUUUUUCAAAUGUUCCUCAACAGUGCGUAAAAACAAUGGAAAAUUUGACCGUAUGCAUCACGGCAUUUUGUAUGCGACAAGAAAGGUAUACUUGACUGUACUCGUGUUGCUUGCAUGUCUCAAAUGACAGCCAAAGAAGUAUGAUAUAAUGAUUCCUUAAGACUCUCUCAUAACGUAUUUGUGAAAAAUUGAAACUGUUCCUUAGCUUAGUCUCUUACUGGAGUUAUAUCUUAAGCCUGGUUUCCAUAUGGUCGUAAUGGUCGUAAAAAUAGAGUCACAAUCUUUCUCAACGGCCAGUUUAUAAUAGUUUAUACCUGCAAACCACAUGUAAAUCAUAAGUAUUCUCUAGUUAUAAUCAUUCCGCGUAUUUUCGUUACGAUAAACUUAAAUUUACCAUCUUGUUGAGACAUAAUCCGUGAAUGGUGGUCUUGAUCGAAUCUCUCUUGCCAAACCAAAAUCUGCAAUUUUCACUUGCUCUGGACCACUGCAUAACAAGUUCUCGGGCUUGAUAUCUCGGUGAAAAUACCCUGAAAAAAUAUGGUCCACUGGUCAUCAAGAUUUGUUCACAUUGACUGUGGAAUGUGGAUGGCAUUUUCGAAAUAUGCUUUAGAAACAUGUUUUACAAUUUCAAUUUUCAUCUCACACUGGCUUGUACCCGGUAUGAUGUAAAGUAGAUCUUGAAACUUAGCCUUAGGCAUUGAAAAUUUUUGAAAAUCUUGUUUGUCGUACACGCAUGCAAGUAAACUCUUCCGAAGAACCUUAUCAAGGAAAAUUUGCUCUUUACUUGCGACUUUCCCAGUUCGCAACUGGAGUAUUAAUUUUAGCAGUGACGGACACUUUGCAAAUAUCCUGUCAGGGUUUCACAGUUGUAAAAACAAUGUUAAAGCUCGCGUAUACACGCUAUCAUACACAAUCACAAUGUUUUGAGGAUAUAUCCUGGGAAGGGGCAAGUUACAGCAUGAGACUUUAUUAGUUUUACUAACCAUGUUUAUGCAUGAAUGUGAUUCCUUGUAAAAUCUGGUACAUUAUAUUUCUUACAGUUUGUUCAGGCAAGUAGCGAUCCCUUGGAAAAGAAACAUACACAAAGUUAUGCAAGGUAAGCCUAAAAGUCACAUUCGCCUUUAGAAUUUGCUUCAUUGAAUCUAUACACGGAUUCGUCAAUUCGCUUAUCUGGGCGGGACUACUUCGGCUGUAAGCUGUGAAAAACGCGCACUUUUAAAUGACGGGUGAAAACACGUCGGAAAUCAGGUCAGCACUUGUUCGAUCCAUCUACCAAAUUGACCUGAUGUCAUUUUCGAAAGAUGGAAAAGGUGUUGAAUGGCCAUGUAACUAACCCAAACUCUACCCCUACUCUAACCCCUCACCGCAACCCUAACUCUAACCCUAACCAAAUUAAUUUUAAAAAUCCAAAAAGAAACAACUUUAGAAAUUGAUCAAAGACGUAAUGUCAGUUUGGUAGAUGGAAACAAGCGAAAACCCGGAAAUUACGACCGUGAAGGAGCUUGUAUAUUUGAUACAAAAUCCUGGUAAUUUGCAUAUCGAACUUUCAGUCCAUUUUUCUAACCCAACAUUCAUGUCUUUAAAUUAAUAUUAUUGCAAAAGCCAAAUCACAAAGCGAUAAACGACAAUUGUGUCCGUGAAUAAUGUGAUGUACAACCGCUGGUUUCGGCUCGUGUUUAUAUAAUACAACAACAUGCAAGCCAUGUUGUGUAUAUUAGACUAAGUAUAAUUACUUAAAAGUUAACAAAAUACUAUUUCCAUACCUAUUUUUGAUCAUCUGGUAUAGAUUCUCUCUCAUGUAUUCGAACACAAAAUAAAGUUGAUCAUUUUCUCGGAUUACUUCUUUGAGUUUGACCACAUUUGCAUGAUUUAGUUUUCGUAAAGACUGCAAAAGAGUAGAAAUUCCUAUAGUAUUCAGCAGUUAUUCGACUCAUCUUGACAGCAUGUGUUACUAUUUCUACAUGAGCUCUGAGGAGAACAAGCAAUCAAAUAAUUUAAUAUGAUUUCAUAUUUAGAAAUCCUAAAAGACCAUAACAAAUAUUUCGAAUAAAAAUUGCUAUGAUGAUCUUACCUUCACUUCUCGUAAGUUGACGCACUCGUCCCAAGAAUAGUAUUUUCUUUUCAUUCUGAAGAUAUAAGGACAAAUGUUAUCACAUUUUGUUGGGUCAUUCUAUGCGCACCCUAUGUUAAUGAGUUAACCAGAAUAGCCUGCUAAUGUCUCUUGUUAAAACAUCAAUCAUGAAUGCGCUUUAUACUUUAUUAUUCUACUUUAACACCGAGCAAGUUUACUUGUUAAGAGGAACUUCUUCGGUAUUAGCAAACUAUAUCUGCAUGUAGAGGUGUCUUAUUAUUAACCAAAUAAGGGGCAAUGCCUGCCCUACAUUAUUACUCUGUCUCUAACGCGACUCUAUUUACGAAUAUCAGUGAAUAUUAGGUAAUUUUGAUGCGACUGGUUUACACCGAAAUCGAGAAAUGUAUAUACGCGAUUUAUGUUAUUAUAAAUCUGGUCAAGCAUAUACGUUCAUUAUAAAUAUUGAAUGUGGUUGAUCAUGCGCACUUUAUCAUUUAACGUCCCACAAGUGAAACAGCAAAUAUUUUUAUACAAAUUUCAGACCGCAAUUUUGGAUAAUUUGUGAGACCAGUAAAGAGGUUGAUGAACCUCAGGCAUAGCCCACGCGUCACAGACUCUAGACUACGGUACGGCUAAGAUGUGCCUAAAGAGCAUUGCCUCGUUUCCGCCUAAAGACAUAUAUCGCGUUAUCUAGUCGAGAAUGAGACGAGGGGCUUGAAAUUCUAUUGGCGGGAAAGCGGCCCUCUUUUGGCAACUACAAAGUACACACAGAAUUGGGAAAAUAUAAAGUUUCCCCGUUGAAAAGAGAAGCUAAUCUUCUUCUCAAUUAGAUAUACUGUAUAACGGAUACGUCGGUAAAACCCUGCUCAAAUGAGCUACAGGGAGAGACUUAAUAAUUAAUGAGAGUAGGCAAACCAUAGUUUGUUAAUAUAACUUUUAAGAACACCGCUACACCGCCCAACUCGAUUAGCAAACGAAUUUAUAUACCUUGUUUUCUUUAUUUAAAAAUUGGCAACGUUAAAAAUGUAUUAGUUCACCUAAUUGUUUUGCAUAAGAAAUGAAAGUUGUAUAGGCUUAAUAUUGUAGAUAUUGAACCGUAGCAAAAAAUUGUUUUUAAUGAAAGAAAAUUGUUUAUUAUUCCACAUUGUCAUUGACUGCGGUUUGUUUCAAGUUGUCGUCCAGAUGUUGGUCAUGAGCUCGUUUUAACUGCAAGGGGCCUAUUACCUACACUAAUAGAGCGAUAGUUUUGCUAGAUAAAUGUUCAAACGCAUUAAAAUUCGGACAUGGAACUUUUCCGCUUGCAAAAUACCGCUAAUUGAAAAGAAAUAUAUCGGGAUAAAUUAUGCAUUAUACGGCCUAUUACGCUACUAAUGAGGGCUUGGCUCGAAAAGUCGAAGUUCUUUUCAUAAUUUUAUAUUUUUCAUGCAUCGCAUAAUUCAUAAAAAAGUUCACAGGUUGAUAAAUUAUGCAUUGCCACAUGAAAUGAAAUAAACUACACCGGCAGUAUAAAUUAUAAUUGAGUCCUUGAAUUAACAAAAUAUUUUUGAGGUUACUAUAGUUAUUUAAACAAUUAUAAAAACACGACUGUUUGUGACUACUUUUUAGAUAACAUCGCUCCGUGUCAGAAAUUGAAUCGCACAUUGCAAUGCCGUCAAUGCAGACGUUCAAACUUGACAUUUCCAAAAAUCGGGAGGUCUGGUAAAGGAAACGAAACGAAACUUUGUCGUACAAAACACCCCUCUUGGCGAAAUACCGCUUUUUUGUCGAUCCGACAACCGUUUUUACCGUACGCGAACUGACUAUACCGUUUUUUAUGUCGAACCGUUUUUCAUAUAUACCGGUUUUUGUCGAACUUUUGCGCGAUUUUCAAUUUCUGGAUAUUAGUUUGCGUAUUUGCGUGUCACUAUAGACUAUAUUAUUUCUAUUUAACUAUAAAAUAUUAAAUAUUUUUAAAUUAAAACGGCUUUUACAAGGAUUCUUUUAGAAAGUAACAUUUUUUCUUUUCAUUCGUAAAAUCGGGAGGUUUAAAUAUAAAUCGGGAGAUUUGCCAAGAAAUCGGGAGCCUCCCGAUCAAAUCGGGAGGGUUGGAACCUUUGCCAAUGGCAAUGCCGAAUGGGCACUGUAAUAGCCACGAUUAGGUUUAUUUGUAGAACAAAAACAAAAUUUGCUCAAAGGGACUUGAAAACAGUCUUGACUUAUAGUUCAGAAACGACAUUGAGAGUACUGCUUGUGAGACUGAAUUUGUUUAAUUUAACUGAGAAUGCGCAGUCUAUCUGGAUUGCUCCCACAUUCACAAUGGAAAGAUGUUAGAAAUAAAUAGGUAGCAACAAUAUUAAAUAAGUCAUUUUUCAAAUGCUCGACUAGUCAACUUCGACUCCCAAAGGUCCGAGUGUGUUCUGGGAAGGCAGGCAGCCGCGGGCGAGUGAACUGAGUACUUCUCAAACACUGUAAUUUACAGUUUCUAAGUACUAGACACUAGUACUUUGAAGUUAUGUAAAUUCAAAUUUGGGAAAAUUUGCGAGGGGUCUUCCUCUAGUUUCAAAACACUAAUAAAUUACUGAUUUCUUAAUUUGUUUUUGGUUCAUGAAUUCGAGUAUGAAUUGUUAUUGAGAAACCAAUUUUCUUGGCUGCUAUGACUGUCCUAUAAUUUGGACAGGAUAGAGUAGGGGGAAUCCACCAUUAAACUGCGAUGUGCUGUAUUAGUAAAUUUACUCCAUCUCACUGUCUGUCAAGUGUCUGUCAAGGUGUUGCCCAUCUUGUCUAAUGGCAGAAGAUUUUACUUUUUAAAAAAACAAGUAAUCAGACAUUAAGAUUUCGGUGUCCAUUGCCAUUAAUGCUGACUUAUUGCAGAAGGUGUCCACUUUUGUAGGGGUGUACAAUGUCUACACAACCAAACUUGGGUCUUUUAAUAUUGCAAGUUUCUGCCAGCAGGAAUCUGCCACAAAAGACCUGCAUAGCUGCUGAGCAUUUUCUUGUCAAAUUGAAAAUUAAUUUGUAGUUAAUUAUGUGUUAAUUAGCCAACUACAAGUUGUAUAUUGGUGAUGGUAUAUUGCUCUUGUAAAAAUAUGGACACACUGUGUACACUCACACGAUUGUCUAUAAGGUAGAAACCUUCCACUAUAAAUAAUUCUGAUUUGCAUAUGAACUAUUUGUUUUAAAUUUUGAAAAUUCUGUCGAAAUGGAAAUGACUUUUUGAGCAAAGGCUCUUUGACAGAGCAGCAUAAGGAAAUUUCUCAGGCUGGCAAGAAAUCACCUGUCUACCAAAAUAAUAACUUUGAUUACAUGCAAAUUAAUGCUUAAAUUAAAAGAAUUUCAUAAUAAUAUAGGUGCCCAAGGAAAACAAAUUACAUUUUCACAUCAAAAUUUGCUGUGAGGUUCCUCAGUAAGGCACUUCAACAGCAUUUUAGGGGUUGCUUCUGAUGUGACUCUGAGUGUAUUAUCUACAUCGGGCAGGCUUGAAAAAUAUGCCUGGCCACGGUGGGAAUCGAACCUACGACCUUUGGAAUACUAGCUGUGAGUAGCCCAAUGCUCUGCCAACUGAGCUACGCGGUCAGGUCAUUUCGGAACUGCACUGGUCCAGAUUUCCAUGGAAUCUAUCUAGACCAGUGCAGCUCUCCACAUAUUAAAUGAAAAGUAUUUUUACUAUAAAAAUAACUGCAACACAAGAUCUUGCUCAGUGGGGCUAUCAUGCUAAAGGGAACAACCUAGCUUCCAUAAAAACAGCCACAUGCUAAACUUAUCAGUACAUUUUAGUCCAAGUCAACUCAACUAAACUGUCGACAAAUUAGUAGAUUACGGAAGGGGUUAGCUCAGAAUUAUCCAUGAUUAUUAGACAACUUGAAUACAAAUAACUAUUCUAUGCAAACGAGACAUUGAAUACUCCAUGAUAGCGGGGCGUAGAUCAAAGCGAUCAUGGAACAAGUCCAAAAAGCAGGAUGAAAUCUAUUUACAAGUUGCUAACUCAGCUUUAUCGGUUCUGAACUGUUCUCCUAAGAGUACAGCAAGGGUCCAACUCUUAUUGGUCCAGUGUUACUAAAGAAAGGGAUUUUUGUACUGAGAGAGCAUCAGACAGUUGUUAAUGAGCUUCGGAUUGAUAGGGAUACAACUAUCUGAAAUAUACAAGGGGACGUUUCGAACAAACACCCUUUGUCAGGCCCGUCGCUGCUACUAACUUCCUGAUGAAGGGCCUUAAUUCACUCGAAACAUUGAAGUUCUCCUUGUAUUUUUCAGGUAGUUGUAUCCCUAUCAAUCUGAAACUGCAUUAUUGGCAACUACCUACAACUGACACAGGCUGUUCAAGUUGUUAAUACUGCUGGGAUCGAAUCCAAGCUUCUUCACAGACUCGCACACAUGAAACACACAUUCAAAUGACUGACUAACAUUGAAUAAGUAUCCAAUGACAGGUCGACUCAGGUGUUAAAGUAGCAUAAUAAGUUAUCUAUUUCUUGUGCCCACUUCUAAACACAAAUCUAUUACUGACAGUAAUUGAUAAUUAUCAUACAAAAACCGCUCCUCACCGUUUUAUGGCAACAUUUUCACCCGUCUCACAGUUUCUUGCCAAAGUUACUGAUCCGUACGUGCCGUCGCCAAGAUUCUUAAUUGUCUGAUAACGCUUCAUUUCACUUUUCUGGACGAACGAGUAACUUGACAACGUAUUAUAUAAAAGAUCAAAAUAUUGUCAAAUUUGAUUCCUUUAUUCGACUCAAAAUCGCUCCACGUUGGAAAGAGUUUGGAACCAAAGGAGAAGGCCAAGGCAUUGCUAAAGCAAACGAAGCAAGAAACACUCUAAAAUACUUCAAACUUACGACUUUAAUGCUAACAAAUUAUGAAUAAUAUCCUAUUUGUCAUGGAUACGAAUUAUGGACCCAAAUAAAACAUCACACAGGAAACUAGAAUUGAAAGAUCGGGACCCAACAAUGCUUUAAAAUACAAUUUAAACAUUCCCCUUACCUGUUGUUAGUUCGAUUUUCCCAUCAGCUUAACUGUUCAAGCAAAAGCGAACAAAAAUUAAGCCUUCCCUAAUCUUCCCUUGCUAAACAAAUGCAAAUGGCGACCCGAACUAUUCACCCGCAAUUCACUGUUGCCUAGCAACGACGAAAACAAAAGGCUGAAAUUGAAACAGCUGCCACAUCGUAAAUGUUCCAAAUAUGGGCAUGGGGGUGUUAUUGCCGUAUAUCACCCGCAGAGAGACAACGUAUACGUAAUUCCGAUUAUACGAUUUUAAAAAAUUUCAUAACAACGUUUGACCGCAUACCAGUAAACGCAGCAUUUCUAUAGGUCAGUGGUUUGAAAUUGAUCUUUUCGCUAUUAAAAAGCGGGCCGAGAUUAAUUUCCGCUAAUGACCUUCAAAUGUUGCGCGAGCAACGCAUGCAAAGGCACACCUGAACAGCAGCAUCCAACUUCCAACUACACACACAAAAGUCUCGCAUCUUGUAGCAAGUCUGCCGACAAGUUGUCAACAAGUUGUGUUCGCACUGCUUGUCCCAAGUUGUCAACAAGUUUGGAACAACAAGUCCGAUACAGUCAUGAUAUAACAAUAUUGUUACAACCUUGUGUCAUCAACCUUGUAACAUUUUUUCCGCAGUCGGGGUUAUAGGUUAGGGGCGGGGUUGGGUGGGGAUCAGGGAUUAGCCUUGAUACAUUAUAAGUCCUAUAUUAUUUAACAUAUACCUAAACGACAUACCAUCAUUGCUUGAUAACAAAGAUUCUGACCCACUCACACUCCCAAAUGGUACAAAACUGAAUUGUCUGUUAUAUGCCGACGAACUGAUAAUAUUAUCUAGAUCAAAAAUUGGCCUCCAAAGCUGUUUAAACCAGUUAAACAACUGGUGCAAUAAGUGGAUGAUGGAGGUUAAUUUAAAGAAAACUAAAGUUAUGAUUUUCCAGAAACCAAUGUCAAAACAACAAACUCCACAAUUUCUAUUUGCAAACAAAAUACUUCAAGUAACACAAGAUUACAACUAUUUAGGUCUUAAACUUACAACCGCAAUGGGAAUUUACCAUAGCAAUGAAACAACUUGCUGAUAAAGCAAAACAUGCUAUGUUCAGCACAAAGAAAAAAGUUGAUUUUCACUCACUGAAUCCAACUAAAACUAGUAAUCAAAAUUUUUGACAGUAUUAUCUCGCCAAUACUUCUAUAUCAUUCAGAAGUAUGGGGUGCAUUCAUUAAUAGCGACCUUAAUAAAUGGGAUCAAAAAGUUCAUUCCAGAUUCUGCAAACUAUACUUAGGAGUUAAUAGAAAAGCAACAAAUGUAACGUGUAGAGGUGAAUUAGGAAAAUUUCCUCUAUUAAUAACCAUACACAAAAGAAUAAUCAAAUACCUUGCACACAUUAAUACCCUUCCUGACUUCACUAUUGUGAAACAAGCAUUCCUAAUCUCCAAAGAACUUUAUGAACUGAAUAAACCCAGUUUUUACUCCAAUGUCAUGAAGAUACUUAAAUCAUACACUAACGUAAUGAUGAACUAAAUGAAUUAGAAUCUAUUACUAUUCAUCAACAAAGUCAAUGUAUAAGCAAUGCUAAAAAUAAAUAUAUGUCACCUUUUGGAAACAUAAUUAAGUUAGACAAUUCCUCCAAACUCUCUUUCUACAAACUCUCUCUCUUUCUCUAUCUGAAUAUAAGUUAGAGGUCUACCUUACAACUAUAAGAAACGCAUCUCAAAGAAAAGCAGUAACUAAAUUGUCAUACGGUUACAGAUUGAAUACGGUCGAUAUCACAACAUCCCCCGUGAACAACGCUUAUGUAAUCUCUGUGAUACAAACGAAAUUGAAGAUGAAUAUACUUUGUACUAUCUUGUAACUACUACAGAGAAGACAGAAACACCACCAACAAUAUAUUACAAAGACAAUGCAACGAAACACUCGACUACCAAAAAAAAGAUAACCUCGUGAAUAUAAUAAAAUCUAAUGAUCCGAAAGUACUGAAUGUUUUUUCAAAAUAUAUUACAGUUACUUUUGAAAAACGGAAUCAGUACUUUGAAGCCAGAAAUACAAAUAAUACCUAAAACAAACUGUAUAAAAAAAAAACCAAAAAAAUCCUUAACCGAUAUAGACACUACUAAAUUAAAACCCUGAAAUAGUAAUAUAUCUUGUAAUCUUAAAUAUUCUCAUAGUGAUCACCAAUAUGUAAAUAAUAUAAAGUUAAAAAAUAUGUUAUUAGUUAGUUAGUUAUGAACGUUAAUAGUUAUAUUGAUGGAACUACAGUACUUUAGUAAUAUCUUGUAAUUAUAGAUCAUGCUAAUAAAGUCAUUACAAUUAAAUAGGGGUCACACGAAGUAUGGUGUAUACCCCCUCACGCGCCCUAUUAAGUUUAUAAUUUUACUGUCUGUAACACCAGACAAUUUUACUCUUUCUAUUGUCUAUUCACUCUAUUGCCAGACAAUUUUACUCUGCCUAAUAUGCCAGACAAUUUUACUCUGUCUAAUGCCAGACAAUUUUACUCUGUUUAAUGCCAGACAAUUUUACUCUGCCUAAUGCCAGACAAUUUUACUCUGCCUAAUGCCAGACAAUUUUACUCUGCCUAACAUGCCAGACAAUUUUACUCUGCCUAACAUGCCAGACAAUUUUACUCUGCCUAAUGCCAGACAAUUUUACUCUGCCUAAUGCCAGACAAUUUUACUCUGCCUAACAUGUCAGACAAUUUUACUCUGCCUAUAAUGCCAGACAAUUUUACUCUCUGCCUAAUGCCAGCCAAUUUUACUUUGUCUAAUGCCAGACAAUUUUACUCUCUGCCUAAUGGCCAGCCAAUUUUACUUUGUCUAAUGCCAGACCGAUUUCUCUGCCCAAUGCCAGACAAUUUUACUCUGUUUAUUGCCAGACAAUUUUACUUUCUCUAAUGCCAGACAAUUUUACUCUGCCUAAUGCCAGACAAUUUUACUCUGUCUAAUGCCAGACAAUUUUACUCUGUCUAAUGCCAGACAAUUUUACUCUGCCUAAUAUGCCAGACAAUUUAAUUUACUCUGUCUAAUUGUCUAAUGCCAAACACAACUUCGUACCCAGGGCCUUUGCUCGGUUCAGAGGCUCUGAUUCCGAUACCAGAAUGUACCAGAACCUCUGAACCGCGCAGAGGCCCUGGAUACGAGGUUGCGCCAGACAAUUUUACUCUGUCUGAUGCCAGACACUUUUACUCUGUCUGAUGCCAGGCAAUUUUACUCUGUCUAAUGCCAGGCAAUUUUACUUUGUCUAAUGCCAGGCAAUUUUACUUUGUCUAAUGGCAGACAAUUUUACUCUGCUUAAUAUGCCAGACAAUUCUACUUUGCCUAAUGCCAGACAAUUUUACUCUGCCUAAUGUCAGACAAUUUUACUCGUCAAGGGAAGAGUGGUGCCACUUACUGGGUUAAUCUGAGGUUAAAAUUUAUAUGGGGUAUUAUUUUAACUGACUCGUGAUUCCUCGUAGACGGCCAAUCUUAAUACACACACCCUGUGAUUGAGACGUGGGCUUGAACUGAUGUCAGAUACACUAAAACAAGGCUCUAUAGACUAUAACCAAAGUGACGUACUAUCCGGAAGGGUGUAUUAAUGUUUAUUUCGAAGCAAUAUCACUCUAUAUAUCACUCUAUUGCCAGACAAUUUUACUCUGCCUAAUAUGCCAGACAAUUUUACUCUGUCUAAUGCCAGACAAUUUUACUCUGUUUAAUGCCAGACAAUUUUACUCUGCCUAACAUGCCAGACAAUUUUACUCUACCUAACAUGCCAGACAAUUUUACUCUGCCUAAUGCCAGACAAUUUUACUCUGCCUAAUGCCAGACAAUUUUACUCUGCCUAAUGCGAGACAAUUUUACUCUGCCUAACAUGUCAGACAAUUUUACUCUGCCUAUAAUGCCAGGCAAUUUUACUCUUCCUAUAAUGCCAGACAAUUUUACUGUGCCUAUAAUGCCAGACAAUUUUACUCUCUGCCUAAUGCCAGCCAAUUUUACUUUGUCUAAUGCCAGACAAUUUCUCUGCCCAAUGCCAGACAAUUUUACUCUGUUUAUUGCCAGACAAUUUUACUUUCUCUAAUGCCAGACAAUUUUACUCUGCCUAAUGCCAGACAAUUUUACUCUGCCUAACAUGCCAGACAAUUUUACUCUACCUAACAUGCCAGACAAUUUUACUCUGUCUAAUGCCAGACAAUUUUACUCUGCCUAAUGCCAGACAAUUUUACUCUGCCUAAUGCGAGACAAUUUUACUCUGCCUAACAUGUCAGACAAUUUUACUCUGCCUAUAAUGCCAGGCAAUUUUACUCUUCCUAUAAUGCCAGACAAUUUUACUGUGCCUAUAAUGCCAGACAAUUUUACUCUCUGCCUAAUGCCAGCCAAUUUUACUUUGUCUAAUGCCAGACAAUUUCUCUGCCCAAUGCCAGACAAUUUUACUCUGUUUAUUGCCAGACAAUUUUACUUUCUCUAAUGCCAGACAAUGUUACUCUGCCUAAUGCCAGACAAUUUUACUCUGCCUAAUUAAUGCCAGACAAUUUUACUCUGUCUAAUGCCAGACAAUUUUACUCUGUCUAAUGCCAGACAAUUUUACUCUGCCUAAUAUGCCAGACAAUUUAAUUUACUCUGUCUAAUUGUUUAAUGCCAAACACAACUUCGUACCCAGGGCCUUUGCUCGGUUCAGAGGCUCUGAUUCCGAUACCAGAAUGUACCAGAACCUCUGAAUCUGGAUACGAGGUUGCGCCAGACAAUUUUACUUUGUCUAAUGCCAGACACUUUUACUCUGUCUGAUGCCAGGCAAUUUUACUCUGCCUAAUGCCAGACAAUUUUACUCUGCCUAAUGUCAGACAAUUUUACUCGUCAAGGGAAGAGUGGUGCCACUUACUGGGUUAAUCUGAGGUUAAAAUUUAUAUGGGGUAUUAUUUUAACUGACUCGUGAUUCCUCGUAGACGGCCAAUCUUAAUACACACACCCUGUGAUUGAGACGUGGACUUGAACUGAUGUCAGAUACACUAAAACAAGGCUCUAUAGACUAUAACCAAAGUGACGUACUAUCCGGAAGGGUGUAUUAAUGUUUAUUUCGAAGCAAAUUUGAGGGAUGAGGAAUUCUAAUAUAGUGGUUAAUAUGUAGGAAUUUUGUCGCGAGGCGACUAUAAAACGACUAUAAUGUAGUUUGUGAAUUAGUCAUUUUGAUGAAGAAAACACAAAAGAAAUCAUGAGGGUCACUCAUGUUGUAAAUGGUACUUAAAGUUAACAUCGGCCCAUAUGGAGUCGGGUUGGUCCAGUUAAUCCUUAUAUUAAAUUCGUUGAAAUAAAGCUCUUACCACGGCUUUGAUAAACAUCCAAAACUGACAUUUCAAAAGUUGAAUAUACCUUAUGCACAAUGACGUCACAAGGCUUGAUGCCCGCGAGGAAUGCUGGUCUUAGUAGUCACUCGCCCGGGAAAAUUUCGAUAGUGGCCAUUUUGAAUUUUUUAAUUUUCCCGGGCGAUGACUACUAAUUAGACCAGCAUUCCUCGCGGGCAUCAAACCUUGUGACGUCAUUAUGCAUGAGGUUUAUUUAUAGCUUAGUUUGAUGCCAGUAACAGAUAUGAUCAGGAAGAAUUGGGAAAUCUCGCGUGAUACGAUUCAUCCCGGCUAGCCGGACUCGCACGCCGCACGGCCCGUAUGAACACUCCCUUCAACCUUGACCUAAGCGUACAGCUGUCUCAAUCAAUUAUCCAGUGACAUUUUGGUCGAUCACAAUUGCGGCAUUAUGCAUCCGUUACAUCUGAGCUUCAUCAUUCCUUUGUCAUAACAUCCGCUGUACAUAUGUCACGCAGGUGAUCAGGAAACCAGAUGGUUGAACUCGGCCGUGCCGUCGUAGUUAAAAGAAUAAUGUCUAACGGCUAUAGUAUCGUCUAUCGUCCCCCAGGUAUUUUUGACAGCAAGCUUAUUAUGCCGCAGACUAAGGCCUGUUUCAAACGUCGCGCUUCUCAUGUGCCGAACGCAUUAAAAACAAUAGAUAAUUAAUCAGCUGAUUAAUGAGUGAAAUAUUGUUUCUAAUGCGUUCGCCGUUCGGCACAUGAGAAGCACGACGUUUGAAACACUGGCCUAAUAGACCUUUCCCCUUUUGAGUGAAACUUUGAUCUAGACAAGUCUGGACAAAGAUUUCAUCACAGCUUGAAAGAGCAUCACAAAAUUAGUAAUAUUCCGAAGUUUCGUUGCGAAAUGUUGUAAAAUGCGGAUAAUAUAUAGCCUUGCGAAGUUUGCCGUUUUUCAGUCAUUUUGCAUUACAGUCUAACAUUUUGCAUCAGUUUGAUCAUCUGAUGCAAAAUGUUAGAUUGUAAUGCAAAAUGACUGAAAAACGGCAAACUUCGCAAGGCUAUAUUAUCCGCAUUUCGUAACGAAAUUUCGGAAUAUUACUAAUUUUGUGAUGCUCUUGAAGCUGUGAUGAAAUUGUUGCCCAGGCAUAUCUAGAUCAAAAUUUCACUCAUAAGGGGAAAGGUCUAUUGACAGGCUAUCCUAAGACUGAAAUAUAAUUUUAUCAGCUCCUCAGUAGAGUUAGUUUAUUUUUUCAUGCACACGGUGUGUACGACAAAUAUUGACAAUUUGUCCUUAUAUAAUAAUUGCCAGUCCUGGUGUACGGCCAAGGAAACGGGACUAGAGUAUAGUUUGUACUUAAAAAUCGGGCAGAUUGCACUUAAAAAUUUGGGAAUUCCACUUAAAAAUCAUCUAAAUGAUUAAUUAAAGAAACUUGAGCAGCGCGCAAAAGAAAAAGAAAAUUCCCGUAAAGAAGUAGAAUUGCAAAAUUUGGUUACGAAAUGUUGUGAUACCGAAAAUAUAGGCUAUAGCCUUGCGAAUUUUGUAUAUUAUGUUUGUAUUACGUGCGGAAAUUGUUACCACUGUUUGAGCCGAAAAUGGUAACAAUUUCCGCACGUAAUACAAACAUGAAACAUACAAAAUUUGCAAACUUUGCAAGGCUAUAUUUUCCAAGCUUUACAACAUUUCGCAACCAAAUUUUGCAAUAAUUCCAGUAUGUUCUUUUUAGCUGUGGUGUUUGAUUCCCUUCUCAGUCUUUACUUAGAUUAAAAUGUAGUCUAACAUGCCAGUUGUCCAUUGAUGGGACGAGAUUGCGCAAGAAGAACUUUUUCCAGGUCACAAAAAGACGGUACCCCAACAGAGAAGAAACAUACUCAACAGGCACUGACAGGAAAUGCUGCUGAAUUAUCGCCUGCAAAGCAGGUUCUUUUACUGUUUUGUGAAUGUUGUCUAUUUUUUCUCCGUCGCUAUCUGACAAAACAAUUAAUGUCUGUUCCCUCGGGUACUGAAUAGUUUGUUUUGCUUAAUACCCUGGAAUCUCAAUGUGGAAACUCUCGGGAAAACAAUACUAUUGCCAUCGGAAGCAGUUAAAAGAUAUAGAUUAUUUUCCUUGCAUGCUUCUAUAGCUGUCAACAAUGGCCACGAUCUGCUGUCCCGAAUAUACAAUUGAAUACAGUAACUGCGAAGUUGAAUCGACAUCAAUUAAUGUAUUUGCUUCUGUUAGUUUUCCCACUGAAAUCAACAUGAUUGAUACCUGAUUAUUUGAAUAUUUGCAUAAUUGGCGUCCUAUGAAACAAUUAGCGCGCAAUUGCGCGCGCGAUCAGAUAUCCUGUCCAGCCCACAGUUAACAUUUUUCCGCAAGGAAAGCAAACAAAACAGUACCAUUAUUAGGUUUCCCUCUUUCGUCAACAAAUUAUUUCACUAAAACAACACAAGAAUACAAGCUGAGUAAAUCCUUUAAACAAAUGAUUAAUCAUAAUACUAUAAACAGUCAGCAGUCUUGCAUUUUCACCAGAUUUUGGUAGUUAAAAGUUUUAUAGAAUACGUUCUCUGUAAUUGUGGAGACUACCUUUAUUUGUACAAUUGCAAAAAAUAAAAUAAACUUUAUUUAUACUGGAGAAGCUUUCAUUGGUAGGGAUGGAACUACCUGAAAAUAUAUAAGAGAAUUUCGAUACUGGAUAGAUUUUAUCAGUUUGAAACAUUUCGCCCUAGAGGUCCAGUAAAGGUCAACAGGGGGAAAUUUAAAACCUAAACUAAACUUAAAUAUUUAUACUGGGCUCUGCUCUAACGGCUAAACUGUUCCUUCUUAUAGGCGUCCAGUGAAAGAUCGAUCAUAUUUAUUGGUCUAAAGUACGGCAAGAAACCUAAACUAAGCUAACCUUAUCUGACAAUCUAAUGACAGUUCAUGACACUGAAUAACUCUACCACUGCCCUAAACUGUUUUCCCUAACCCUAGGGGUCCAGUACAGAAGAAUGUAGAUGUCACCAGCAACCGCAUCCCCCGCAAUGUUUGUGCGCAUUUCGCGCGCAUAAUUAUUAUCACGUUUUACAUUUAGCGCGCAAAUCGAAGACAGACAUAUUUUUGAAAACGCAGGUCUACCCUGCGACAUAUUGUUUAUUGUAACCAAUUAACUAUCGCGCACAGCUGAAAUAUAUUUGGAUGACGCAAACGGUUUCCAGUAUGUUUUGCUAUCUGGUUCAUUUCUCUCGACAAUUGGGUAAUUGUUUUCUCGACGAAAAUGUAAAUAAACUUGAGAUAAGAAGCGGUUAAGUAAGGACCGACCGACACUUGAAAGCAUUUGCGCAUUUGAUCCAACGAAGUAAUUUGUAAGAAAAUCUGAAGACAGGAACAAAACGAAAAGUCGUAUAUUCAGUCAAGAAUAUUCCGUUUUCUGACCAUAGUUGCUGCUGUGGUAAACUCUCACAGGUAAGAAAAGCUCAAUUACUUGUGUUGACAAAUUAAAGUACUUUAAAUUCUGUGGAGUUUCUUAAGCCGUAAUCAUCAAUCGAGAAUGUGAGUCACGAAUUGUUACAGGGGACAUUUCGAGCUUUAGUUUAAACAAAACAAAAUUUGGACGAGUGUCCAAUCUACGUUUUAACUUCCAUAAAAUACAUGAUAGUGUUGGGAAAGCAUUAAGAACAGCUAACAAAGGUCGCGUGAUUUCCAACUCUCAUGCAUGCAUGCACUGGCUCGCAUCCUCUUUACACCUCGCGUGGCGGCAUGGCGGGUGUAUUUCCGCACAUAGCCUUAACUUUCUUCUUUAAUUUUCUUUGUAAUUCUAUUCACGUUUACGCAUCUUUAAUAUUCAUUCUGUUUUUAAAAGUACACAAUCGAGGUGAUUAAUCAACGGAUACAAUUGGUUAGCAAUCACGGUCAAGUGCCUAUCAGCGCGAUGCGGACAAAACUUCACAAAUAGCUAUCAUUUCGGUGCGGUUAGAUUUAAAAUCUUAUAAUCGUAUUAUUUAACUCAGUCAAUGGGUAAUAAUAUUGUCUAUGAGCUAAAGUUAAUAUUAUAUUUUUAAAAAGUGCGCAAACUGGUUACCGUGAUUUAGAUUUUGAAAUUAACUCAAGUGAAUCAAUACUCAAGAGUCAAGGCAAUAAUAGCCAUAGCCCAUUUCCGAAUUGCGCAUAUUAUUUCAAUAUCUGCAUGUUUGUGAAUUUAGAACGAAAUGGCCUGCUGCUACGUUUUAUCUCAGGAUUUUUUCAAUACGUUAUUUACACAUGUGCUAUUACGUUCUCUUGCAUCCCAGCAUGAACAAUUGUUUUAUACUUGUCAGCGAAGUUUCUCAGCUGUUUUAAUACUGGGACCUGUUUCCUUAUUAGUAAAGCAAUCUUUUUACCUAAGACCGCUUAAGUACUGUUACGUGUACGGUCACUACAGCUGUUUUAUGAUAACUAAAGUUCGACUGUUUUUAACAAGAUGUUUUUGUUUUCAGAUCACCACGAAUUUGGAGUCACAGUCUGUUGUUGACAGUGCACUCGUUCAGGCAGAACAAUUAAUCUGCUUUUUAUCAGUGUAACAAAGCUGUGUUUAAUACUGAAAGCAUUCUCAAAGCAUCGAUACCUAUUGAAAGCAUAUUGUAUUGAAAGAUUGGAGAUUUUUUAUACAUUGACUAAUACCUAUUUUAAACAAGUGUAUAGCCUCAUCAAACCGAGUCGACGAGUCGUUGGCGAUCUUCCAACAAUCCGAAUUUAUCAUCGAAAACUAAGUAAAAUUAUACAGGAAACAGUUUCAACGCAUCGUUUCCUAUAUUCGAAGCAUUGGUUGAAGCUUCUAUAUAACUUGACAAAGAUUUUAUUUUGAAAGCUGAAACAAGUAUAUAGCUUGUAUCGACUUACUGCACUUUACAGUUAUCAACGAGGUUGUCAAUACUUCAACAAGGCAAGGACAUUUCACAUUGAAAAGUAAACUACAGUAUUCUGGGCGAUUUUAUAACCUUUCAAAAACAAACCACUUAGUCUCACGAUUAUUCUUGUCGUGUAUAAGACAUGAAGCCAACGAAGACCACAGAUAAUGCGCGCAAUGGUCUACCUGAUUUGCGCAGAGUCCAGACUGGUUUGCAUAUAACGCGCACUCGUGCCAGGGUUGCGCAAAGGGUUGCGCACGGUCCUCGCCAGCGAAGUAUCGAAGACUGCAUUCAAAGACUUAAACUUAUGGUGCCAAACAUACGAACAGAUGAAAAAUUGGAUGAGUUCGAGAUCUUACAACGUGUUAUAGAGUACAUACAGCUGUUGGAAGAAGCAUUAGGGAUUAGCGUCACACCUCUCGUACCAUCUGUUCAAGGCAGUAAAAAGAUUUCUCUCAACUGACGCAAAUACCUCGAGAGGUCAAGUUCUGGAGGUUAGAACUGGAAUCGCAUAUCCAAAUUUGUUUAAAAUGUCAGUUGCUAAAAUAUGCUUAAAACGAUGAAAAAAGUUGCUCGUAUACAUUUCAGACAAUAAACUUGUCUGUAGCUAGAUUACAUGUAUAUUUAUUGAAUUAUUGUGGAUAUAUUUGGCUGCCUCGUGGGCGUUGCAGAUUAGGUUAAGUUUAGUGUUAGUUUUAUUAAGAGAUUACAAAACCGGAUGCCAAGUUUAUUGACAUUACCUGCAACGAAAUUUGUGGUACGCCUGAACCAAUUUAUGAGUACAUAGUGUACAUACCAAGUAUGAUUCUCUUCUGCGAUAUGCAGAGGCGAUAAUGUACCAUAUAAUGAAUAUUGAAUAACGCGGCCUUGUAAUGUAAAUUAUAUAAUAACAUGUAGGUAAUUGGCCAAAGCCGUUUAAAAGAUGUGUUCAGGCAUAUAUGAGCUAUUUAAUUAAACUAUACAAGUUGA